AGCAUUUUGAAUGAACUUUUAAUGUUUCCUUCACAGCGGAAUACAGUAUAAAUUCCGCUCCUCCUGUGAGCACCUGAAGUAUCCUCAGCAGUAACUAACGUCUCCUCUGACAGACAGCUUGUUCAGGAUCUCAGCAUGUGGUCUCUGUGCAGGACCUUCAUUAGACCCGCUCUCUCCACAGGGGGGCUCCCGUCCCUCCGCAGGUCUGUGGUCGCACCCCCGGUCAGCAGGAGCUACGGGACCCGCUUCAAUGUCCCCCCCAGCGCAGAGUUCGUGUCCCGGGUCUCGGGGAUCCCCACCAUGAACAAGCUGCCCCACCAGGAGAGCGCGGAGGGGCUGGACGCGGCCUUCAUCGGGGUCCCCAUCGACACCGGGACCUCCAACAGACCCGGGGCCAGGUUCGGGCCCCGGCAGAUCCGCGUGGAGUCGGCCAUGCUGCGCAGCUUCAACAGUGGAACCAGAGCGGCUCCGUACGACUCGCUGAUGGUGGCCGACAUCGGAGACGUGAACGUGAACCUAUACGACCUGAAGGACACGUGCACGCGCAUCAGAGAGUUCUACAGGAGGGUCCUGUCUGCAGGGUGCAUCCCCCUCACCAUGGGUGGAGACCACACCAUUGCAUACCCCAUCCUGCAGGCGGUGGCUGAGAAGCACGGCCCGGUGGGUCUGGUCCACGUUGACGCUCACGCUGACACCAGUGAUGUGGUUCUGGGGGAGCGGAUCGGACACGGGACCCCCUUCAGACGCUGUGUGGAGGAGGGGCUGCUGGACUGCAGCCGGGUGGUGCAGAUCGGCCUGCGGGGGUCCGGUUACUCCGCCGACUCCUACGCCUGGAGCCGUGCUCAGGGUUUCCGUGUAGUGCAGGUGGAGGAGUGCUGGUUCAAGUCUCUGGCUCCCCUCAUGGAGGAGGUCAGGGGUCAGAUGGGAGGGGGUCCGGUGUACCUGAGUUUUGAUAUCGAUGCUCUGGACCCCGGCUUCGCUCCGGGCACCGGGACCCCCGAGAUCGCCGGGCUCACCCCCAUACAGGGAGUGGAGAUAAUCCGCGGCUGUCGGGGUUUGAACCUGGUGGGCUGUGACCUGGUGGAGGUGUCUCCCCCCUACGACACCACCGGAAACACGGCGCUGACCGGAGCUAACCUCCUGUUCGAGAUGCUCUGCGUCCUCCCCAACGUCAAAUACCUCUGAUUCUAAUCAAUAACAUCAAGUCUUCUUUAAAGAUAGAAAGAGGGUAACUCUGCAUCAAUUACAGAUGUUUCAUAAAUAAACAGUGAGUAUUGUUUACAGCCAAUGAGAGGACAGAUGCUCGACUGAAGAGGAUUCUAGUCUCAUAGUCUUUGAGAUGAAUUAUAAUAUCAUUCUGUGCUUUAUGAAUGAAAUAUGAAGAUGUAAUUAAAAUGUAAAAAGUAUCUAAUGAAUGUGCAAUAUUUAAAUAAAACACUAUAUCAAUGGAGUUACAGUUUAAUAAAUACUAAUAAUACAC